AUGAGCAGGGAGUGGCGUGGAUGCAGUCGGCCGUCGUGUAAUGGCCAGGUGUCUUCAAAAGGUGGUGCCAGCAGCAAUGCCACAGAGCCCCAAUAUGAAGCCACAUCUGGAGAGUCGUCGCCCUCGUCAUGCAUGGCCACAUCUAGUACUUCGCUGCCUCAGCCAUCAGGCAAAUUCACGACAGCCAACUUGACGGAAGCGAUGGUGGUGCAGACAGGCAGCCUUGUGUUUGGGGAGCGGCAGCUCAAGUGGGGUCGUCCGCUGGGUAGCACCGAGGAGUCCAAAGCCCAGAGGCCUGCACAGCAAGCCGCAACGGCAUCACAAGCUUCACACCACAUUAUUGCAGCUGACCAGGAAGCAGCAGCUGCUCAACAGCAGCAGUCACAGCAACCUCAACAGCAGAAGAAGUCACCACAGCAACAGCAACUUGUACCUCUGCUGCAGGCCAAGACAGAACCACUCUUUCCCCCACCAUCAUAUCUGUCCAGUAUCAACCCAAAACCCAGCUUCAGUAUUAAUUACGAAAACCUUGUGAGCAGCAGUCGCCAUGGCGAGAAGAGGCCAAAGGCCAAGUGGCCCUCUCCAUCCCAGGGUGGCAGCAGCAGAUCAUCGCCGUCGAUCAGUGGAGAGCGUGAGACCACAGAAAAUUGCAGCGCGGGGGGCAGCAGUAAGCGCAGCACCGCGGGGUGCCCGAAGCUUCGACAGAAGGUUCCUCCCAUGCGGUCACCGUCUGCCCAAACGGCGGCCGCCGGCAGAGCCACCAAUGGCCUGCCCUCAGUGAUGGGAAGUGGCAAUAUUUACCACACAUAUUACCGAAAGCUGAGCCCGGGUGGGGAAGAAGGCAGCCGUCCUGCAUCAGCUGAUUCCGUGCUUACGCAGCCUGCCCGCGUUGAGUCUUACGAUGACACCUUUGAGUCGAGUAAUAUUAGAGACAAGGUGCUGCAGCCAUCGACGGACCAUGAGGACAAAUGUGUGCAAGUGUCAUCAGCAAUGCCCCCAGAAGGUUGGGCGUCAAUGUGUCAAGACGGGCCCCCCUGCGUCAGCUUGCCUUGGAGUCCCGCAUGGCUCGAAUCAGCCGCUGUACCAAGCUUGAUUCCGCAGACCCUGGAGCAGCUGCGUAAACGUCAGUGGGACCAGGAAUCUGGCUUUCUCAUGAGGCAGAGCCAUGACUUUGACAUUGCAUCGCUGCUGUCGUGUCUUCAUCAGCUGCGCUCAGAGAACAUGGAGUUGGAGUCUAGAAUCAGUGGCCUGCAAGCAUGCCGGGACCAACUGCUGGCUGUCAACGCACGACUCCGAGAAGCGCCCAUGCACAACUCUCCCAUGCUUCUUGUGUCCCACGCUUCUGCUGCAGAAGUCAAUGCGGCAGCAGCCAUGAGCUUCUGCACGAGGACCGACUUGCCAACAUCUGCGGGCUCUCCCAUGGACAAGCUCCCUGGUGUACCACUGGGUUUCCCCCUUGGCUUCCCCUCCUCGGCCCAGCCAGUUACUGACCACCAGCCACACCAAAAAAACGAGUUGAGUACAACAUCACAGCACAGAUUCCCUGAAUGUCCAGUGAUGGGGCACCCAGGAAGAGUUUCCUCCGCCGAGAACUCAUCGCACCGAGGCUCCACUCUGUCAACCUCUCGCCAGUCGAGCAAUAACUAG